AUGGAACGAGUGCUGAAAGGAAUUCCCGGAGUCAAAGUUUUUGUGGACGACAUCCUCAUCUUCGCCUCAUCUAAGAGAGAACACGACAUCGCACUGAAAGCGGUCAUGCGCCGUUUGGAGGAGUACGGAAUCACUGUCAACCAGAAAAAGUGUUCUUUGGGAAAGCAGGAGGUGGAAUUCAUGGGUCAUAUUCUUUCGGUUGAUGGCAUUCGACCGACCAUGGACAAGGUGGAGACAAUCAAACGACUGCGAGAACCGAAAACUACUGAAGAAUUGCGAAGCUUCUUGGGAAUGAUUACUUACCUUGGCAGGUUCAUUCCGGAGCUGUCGACGCUGACAGCUCCACUGCGUCAGCUGCUCAGAAAGGAUGCUGCAUUCAACUGGGGCUCCGACCAGGAAGAGGCGUUUCGAAAACUGAAGGAUACUUUGAAAAAUCCCAAGAAUCUCGGCUAUUAUUCUCCCCAUGACAAGACCAUCGUAAUUGCGGAUGCAGGACCAACCGGUCUCGGUGCCGUUUUGCUCCAGGAGAAGAAAGGGCGCAAAAGAGUUAUUUGCUACAUCAGCAAAGGGCUCUCUGAGGCUGAAAAGUCCUACGCCCAAAACGAAAAGGAAGCGCUUGCGUUAGUGUGGGCCACAGAACGAUUGCAAAUAUAUCUACGGGGAUUGACAUUUCUUCUUCUUACCGAUCACGAGCCACUUAAGGUUAUCUUUGGGCCUAAUCACGUGUCUUGCCCGAGGAUUGAUCGGUGGGCUAUGCGUCUGCAAUCUUUUCGAUUCGUCGUUAUCCACAUCCCAGGUAAAGUUAAUAUAGCUGAUCCGCUGUCAAGAUUGCCGACCUACACAAAAUGCAAAACGUACGACCAAUUUGGUGAAGAAACCAUCUACGCGAUUGUGCAAAAAGCAAUGCCUACUGCACUAACCACAGAAGACGUCAUUAGCCAUACCAAGUCAGAUACAGAACUUGCAGUUGUGAAGGAGGCUCUCAAUACUGGUCGUUGGCAUGAUGGAGUAAAGAAGUUUGCACCGUUCAAAGACGAGCUGUACUGUUGCAAGGAACUACUGAUGCGAGGUGAGAAAAUAGUCGUUCCUCAAAGUCUUCAGAAGCGGGUCCUAUCCUUGGCGCACAUUGGACAUCCUGGUAUAGAAAGGUCAAAACAGCGACUCCGUUCCAAAGUGUGGUGGCCUUCUAUGGAUAAAGAUGUGGAGGUAGCAGUACGUAAGUGUUUGGAUUGUCAAAUUGUAGGAAAGGCCGUUCCCCCAGAACCAAUGGCGUUAAGCAAGAUUCCUGAAAAUCCUUGGGAGUUUCUCAGUAUGGACAUGUUAGGUCCAUUACCUUCUGGAGAAUCACUGUUGGUGGUCAUCGAUUGCUACAGUCGCUUCAAAAUAGUGGAGGUGUUGCGGCAGACCACUUCAGCGGAUAUCAUCUGCAAACUGAAACCGUUGUUUAUGCGUAUGGGUCUUCCUUGUGUUCUUAUGACCGAUAAUGCAAGAAACUUCACGAGUAAGGAAUUCGAAGAUUUUUGCAAGGCAUUGGGUAUCCAGUUGAAACGCACCACUCCGUAUUGGCCGCAAGCGAAUGGCGAAGUGGAGCGCCAAAACAGAGCCAUUCUGAAAAUUCUGAGGAUCUCCGAGAUGAAUAAUACGGAUUGGAAAACGGAUUUGGAGGAGCACAACUACGUGUAUGCGUUGACGCCUCAUCCAGCAACAGGGCGUUCUCCAGCGGAACUAGCGUUUGGUCGUCAAUUUCGAGACUGGAUACCUCAACUCUCUAGUCUCCGAAACCGCGAUGAAGAUGUCAAGGAUAAAGAUACAACCUACAAAUACAACGCUAAAUGCCAAGUUGAUGCAGCAAGGAGGGCUAAGGAAUCGAUUCUUGAAGAGGGUGACCAGGUUCUAAUGAAAAACAUGCAUCCUUCAAACAAACUUUCUGCCACAUUUCUUCGGGAACCAGCGCAGGUGAUGAGCAAACAAGGCAACUCAGUCAUCGUUCAAACUCCGGAAGGCGUACAAUAUCGGAGGAACUCAUCGCAUCUGAAGAAAGUUUACUCUCCGGAUCCGGAAAGCAAGAACACCACAAUCGAAGACGAGAAUGAGUGGGAAACUCCAACGGCAAUAGAAAUCUCACCUGAGUCUCCAGGUGCUACAGAAAAGGCGACUGACUCGAGGCCUGCACCGCAUCAAGCUUCGCCGCGAGGAAGCAUUCCCAGACCGGGCAGACAUAUCAAGCGACCACUUCGAUUUGAUGACUAUGUCAUGGAUGUUAGCGUCGAUGGAGGAGACUAA